GAUACGUUGGCAAAUAGGCUGUGCGCUGUGACUCGCAGAAAAAUGAAUAUACUAAAGAGCUCAAAAGCAUUGGUAUGGGAUGUAGAUACGGACGUGGAUGAGAUGAUUUGGCUCAAUCGUUACUUACUAACUACAAUGGGCUUAUGGACUCUCGAACCAAAUGCCAGCUAUUCCACUAGGAUGUUUGCUGUGUUCCGUAUUAUAAUAGUAAUCACGAUUUUCUUGUGUUGCAUCAUAUCUCUGUUUACUGUAAUCUAUCUUUAUUGGGGUGACCUAGCUGUAUUGACGGAGAAUGGACUGUUUGCACUGGGCUAUUCGGGGGCUGUGAUGAAAAUUUCUUACUUGGCAAUUAAUCAAAAUGACUUCAACAUCGCCUACAAGUUUAUACGCAAGUUCUGGUAUGCAGCUAAGAAUCAGGAGGAGCGCAAUGAAAUUGUCAAACUUGCUAAUUACGCGAGAUUCUACACCGAAUUGUUCUCUUGCGCGGGCAUCAUGUCCGCGAUUUACUUCAUAACCACCGCCAGUGUAGUAACUUUGUACAGCCGUGCGACUACCAACGGUUCCGAUUAUGAUCGCAGAGUACCGUUUGGACACUGGCAUGAACAUGGCUUACAGAUAUUGCCAGGUUAUAAGCUCACUUUCACAUUACAAGCGCUGUCGUUGGUGUUUGUCUGUUCCGCUAUUGUAGGACCGGAUCUCACCGUAAUUUUCAUUUUCAUGCACAUAGCUGGCCAGCUCAGGCUAGUCAGUUGCAGGCUAACCAUGAUGAGUGAAAAGCUUUACACUGACCAUGAGCUUUCAAGCACAUUUAUACGUGAGUGGGCGAAGGAUAUGAGAGCAUGCAUAGCGCAUCACGCUACAGUGCUCAGGGCGUUCCAGUUCGUGGAGCCUUUGUUGGGACCAAUCAACUUCAUCCAAUUUCUGGUGGCAGCAGUGGAGAUUUGCUUUGUCGGCUGGGUGAUCAUAGAAACCGACGACGAUCCGGCUAACCGGAUGCAGUUUAUAGUGAUACUCAUUGCAGUGAUUAUGCAGCUGCUAAUUGGCUGUUGGUCCGGUGAGAUGAUCAUGUUCAGAUCGCAAAAGCAUUGCGAAGUCUCGGCCAUCGGCCUUCAAACUAUGUCUCUGAAGAAAAUGUCGGAGAUAUUUAACACAGCGCUCUCUUACUUAGCGUUGUUACGAAGUAUACAAGAUUAGUGCAUUUUAUAUACAUGGGAGAAAUACACUUGACAGUAAUAAAUCAGCUUGCUUAGCCCACUAAUACAUGAAAGUACAUAUAAGUAACUUCGAACGUUGACGUCUAUUCUCUCUAUGAGUACAAAAGUUGUUGAAUAUCAAGAGGUAUCUGCUCUGUUGUAUUUUCUUAUCGUUCUUUCAAAUAAUGUAGUGGACAAAGAACUUGAUGAUGUACGUAUAUAUAUAAAUUGUUGAAUCGAUCUGAAGGAGAAUGGGAUUUUUUCAGUAAUAUACAUGGAUGUUAAUGUCAUAAUAAAAUUACGA